GGCUCGGCCCCUCCCCCGCCGCGCCCCAGCUGAGAAGCGUCUGGAACCGCAUCCUUCCUCCGCAUCCUUGUCCUGCGACUGCAUCCUGCUGCAGCUGCCCGUUGGAGCCGCCUGACGAGGACUGCCAUCCACCAUGGUGAAGCUGAACUGCAGCUUCUCGGGGAAGACAGGCUCCGGGGACGGGGCUACCAUGGACAGCGUCCCUCUGAUCAGUCCCCUGGAUGUCAGCCAGCUACAGCCUGCGUUCUCCGACCAGGUUGUCAUUAAGACACAGACGGAAUACCAGCUGUCCUCCGGGGACCAGCCGACAAAGUUCUCCGACCUAGAGGCCCAGAAGCUGGGCGGCGGCCACCCAGAGGAUGCACGUAGCAGGAUGCCCACAGGGCGGAUGAUCGCCUUCACCAUGGCGCUCAUGGGCUGCCUCCUGAUCAUGUAUAAGGCCAUCUGGUAUGACCAGUUCAGCUGCCCCGACGGCUUCCUGCUUCGGCACAAGAUCUGCACCCCGCUGACCCUGGAGAUGUACUACACCGAGCUGGACCCUGAGCACCACCGCAGCCUCCUGGCGGCCAUCGGGGCCUACCCAGUGGGCCGCAAGCACGGCACGGAGACCCCGUGGUUGUCCGCGAGCUACCACGCCUUCAAGGAGGCGCCCAAGGCGCACAAGGCGCCCGCCCGCGCGGCCAUGGCGGCGGUCACCGAGCCCUCGAGGAAACCCUCGGGGAAGCCCUCGGGGGAGGCCUCGGCGCCCGGAGAGAAGGAGGCGGCGCAGAAGGUGGAGGGGAGCGCGCCGCCCCCAGCCCCCCAGUGAUGGCCUCUGGCCUCCGGGUCGCAGCCCGUCCGGCGUCCCACGCCGGCACCUGUGACCGCCCUCGCCCGACGCUCGCCGCUCUGUGGUCGCUGUGGUCGCCGUGGUCGUGCCCCUGCUCCCAGGCCCCCUCGCUGACGCCCCCCGCCCCGUGAGCCUCUAGCUCUGUCGCUUUUCUCUGAGUAAAGAUUCACCUCCACCUGGAUCUCGCGCUUCUCCUGAGCAUCCUCGGCUCUCCGGCCUUUUUCCUGACCCCCCAACCCCGUUCGGGCGAGGGCCCGAAUUCUGUCCCCCGUUGCCCAGCUUUUCUCAAGCUUUAAAGCUCAAUUUAAAAGCAUUUAUUAACC